UAAAUUAGAAAACCAGGAACGCGAUCCGUUUGAGAGUGAUCUCCCUUCUGCGGAAAUUUUAUUUGGAAGGAAAUGGAGAAGUGAAAGUGCUAUGAAGGACUAAAAGCAAAAUUUGGACUAAAUUUAAGAUUGUCAACAUGUCUGCAGGCUUAGCAACAGGUAUCAAGCGGUACAGAAGGCAUUGUGGGCGGUUGAAAAGAAUCUUGGAUGAGACCAAAAGAUGCUAUGAGGACAUAAACUCCAACACGUCCAAUGAAAAUGAUAAGAUCCAGGUGUCAGACUUGGUCAGUGGAGAGGAAGGAAAAAUACUUUCAGUUGCCCAUAAGCAACCUGGCAUCCUAGUUUUAGGCCAAAACCAGUACUGUAAGGCAAAAAUUGUUAAUGAAAUCUUCAACCGAACAAUAUUUCCCAAUUUUGAAGGAACCACAGAUACUACAAAGUGUCGAACAGUGAGGUUUAAGAAUGGAGAAAAUAUUAGUCUAAGUUUGGAGGUACCUGGUGGUUUUACGCUACCGGCAAAUUUGGAAGCAUACAAUGGGCCGUGGAAUACAAUACCGCGGAAAGACUUAGAAGUGUCAGAGAAUGAAAGUGCGUCAUCAGACAUGGGAAUGGCCAUCUUAGAAGUGUCGUUUAAUCAUCAGCUUCUGCGUAACGAUUGCACUUUGGUGGUUGCUGGCACAAGCAUUCCAUUUGAAGAUGAAAUCAAGCGGUGCAUCGAGCACAUGUCACCCAUAGUGGUGUAUGCCUUCCAGGCAGAGCAGUUGUCCUCCAAGGAAAUACAGGACCUGGAGCUACUGAAGAGCAUUACGAGUUUCCAGCCUGUCUGUUUUGUGCGGAUUCCCACCCCUGAGACCCCUAUUCCCACUGUAUCUGGGUCUCCGUUUGGGGUCCCAUUUGUUCAGCCAGAUACCAGGGUCAGACCUCACCAACCAAGCUCACCCCAGCCCCAAAACAUUUUGAAUGGUUAUGAUGUUAUUUCUGACAAUGAAGAAACAAACGUCAAAACCCGGUUUGAAGACAACAAUAAUGACUCUGAGGAUGAUGGAGUAAGGUCAGGUCCAGCGUCCAGUGCAUCCAUCCAAGCCUCUCACCGAGUUGGCAAAGUUUUCAGUAUGUCGUUUCCCCCAGAACUGGCCAAGGUUGUGUAUGAGCAACUUUGCAAGGUCGGAUAUCUCUCCGAUACUCCGGGGGUGCGAAAUGUCAGUCAGACCAUGAUUCAGGACUAUUGCGAGGUCGAUAGCAUUCUAAUAACUGAAUGGGACAUAUUCAGUCAGGCGUUUGUUUCAUUUUCUGAACAAAUCAUGCAAAGAUAUCUAGUGAAUGCUGUUACUGUUCUAAAUCAAACCCACAUGGGCUGUUUACAGCAGUUUAUUUUGUUCGCUUUUGACAUGGCGAGGGACGUUUUGGUCACACCAAAGAAGAUUGAGUUUGCGCGUGAGAAAGAGGAAGGGUUGUUUAAAUCGCUGUUCCAGAUCGCAGUGGACAAGGGUGAUGAGGUUAGAGACAUGAUCGAGACUACCAUCGCAGACAGCCAGGGGAUGUUGAUCCAAAAAGCAAACGAAUACGACUUCAUAGGUGUGGAUUUUAAUGACAAGGGGGAGAUAAUCACCCCAAAGGGACUGAAGAUCUGCACGGGUCAGAUACAGGAGCUGGUGUUGGGCGGUCUUAACCAGGCUGUGGCUGGCAAGCUGGUCAGCUCAGUGAACAUUCUACGAGACUCCUACACAGGUACGCUGACACGAUGUCUGGAGAGUCUAGAGCGUGUAGAACAAGAACAUCCCGACAGCCACUCCACCACAGAAGCUCUCAAACAGAUUCUCAAUGCUGCCUACCAAGUUGAGAUUACAGUCCGUUCCAGCUCUACAUUCAUACAUUUACUCCUUCAAAGAAUGAAGCAGCUAGUGCAGGGCAUGCCAUGGCGAGAGAGUCCCAGGAUUGAUGACGAAUGGAAGAAGAAGGUUGCCAUGGAGAUGCUUGCCAGUCUCAGUGCAGCCAGACUGGCUAAGAGUAUCUCGUCCCAGAUCAAGGACAGGCUGAACAAGUCUCACAGUGCGUUCUCCACGGCGCUACGGCAACUCGAGAUGAAGCACACGGGGCGACUCGACAAGAUAGAAGAGGAACGACUCAAACUGCGCAAGGUGCAUGCACCAAGAGUUGCCAAGGUCGCACUGGAGAGUACCUCACUGAAAGAUCUCAUACUAUAUGGCAUGCCAGUGAUGGGCCGAGAGAUCGGUCGGGGUCAGUACGGAGUUGUCUACUCCUGCGACACCUGGGCUACAUAUUCCCCUUGUGCAGUGAAGUCAGUGGUCCCCCCUGAUGAUAAGCAUUGGAAUGACCUGGCACUGGAGUUCUUCUAUACCAAAAAUAUAAAUGAGCAUGACCGGAUAGUGAUGCUGCGGGGGUCCAUCAUUGACUACUCGUAUGGAGGGGGGACCACUCCGGCCGUACUGUUGGUGAUGGACCGCCUACAGAGGGACCUCUACACGGCAAUCAAGCAACACCUGGAGUGGGUGCCCAGACUCCAGGUGGCUAUGGAUGUGGUGGAAGGGAUCCGCUACUUGCACAGUCAGGGCCUAGUACACAGGGACAUCAAGCUGAAAAACGUGCUGCUGGAUAAAGACAACCGUGCCAAAAUAACAGACCUAGGAUUCUGUAAGCCAGAAGCCAUGAUGAGUGGUAGCAUCGUUGGCACGCCAAUCCACAUGGCCCCCGAGCUGUUCUCAGGGCGCUAUGACAGCAGUGUGGAUGUGUAUGCAUUCGGCAUACUCUUCUGGUAUAUAUGUGCGGGAAACGUGCGUCUGCCACAGAACUUUGAACUGUGUGCCAACAAGGAUCAGCUUUGGAACAAUGUCAAACGAGGUCUGCGCCCAGAGCAGUUGACAGUGUUUGAUGACGAGUGUUGGGACCUGAUGUCGGAGUGCUGGGAGGGGGAACCGGUGAAGCGCCCCCUGUUGGGAGACGUCCAUAUACGGCUGCAGGGCAUCUAUGACCGCUACCGGAACAAACCAGGAACCAAAACUGCCCGGGAAGCCACGGUCAAGACGAAAAAUGUAAAGUACAAACUACGAGACCCCUAAAGUUGUGAAGUACAAACUGCACGACCCUUAACUGACAUUGCUGUCAUAUGUGAUGAUUGAAUUGUACUUUGCACUGUCAACAAGUGUGAGAUUGCUAAUUGGCAAUUUACAUUGAUUAAUAUUUCUAAUAAGUAUUUAUUAUGCAGUCCAGUGGCAUGGUAUUUACUUAGAAAAUGGGCGUUAACUUGGAAAGUGUAUGAGCAUAACUUUUAUGUUGCUAAUUGGCAUUAACAUGAAAAGUGCAAGGUCAUGAUAUUUAUUUGGCUACUUCACAUUUGUUUGCACUGUCCAUGGCACAGUAUUUAUAUAAGUCUUCUAUAAAAUUGUGAAGUGUUAAAUGUUAUAAUUUGAUACCUAUUUGUUACUAGAAUGUAACUAAAACAUGAAUGGGCAAUCAGCAAUUGUUAUGGUGUGUUUGCAGGUAGUACGUUUUGGUCCUGUUAACUGUAGGCCAUGUUCGUCAGUAACCAUGCAUGUUUAAUUUACACAAGCUUACUGUAGUAUUUUAUUAAAUGAUUAGAAACACACACUUUACAUACAUUCCACUGGUCCAUGUUGGAUGUCUAGAGCCUAGGCCACAGUCAUCAACAUGGGCUUUGUUUAGGGAGAUGGGUAUACAUUUAAGCAGCAACCCACAAGCCCAUGUCUCUGAAUGAUUUUGGUGGGUCAAUAGAUUUUCUAGACAACUCCACUUUCAUCUAAACAAGAUGUCGGGCAAAUGCCAAACUGUUAGUAGAACAAAUGAGGGUAUCUGUUGUCAAAGCAUUGGAAGAGUAAAUGUGGGCAUAUGUGGUCAAACUGUUAAGAAAAUAAAUGUGGGCAAUUCUGGUCAAAUCUUUAUUAGAAUAAAUGUGGGCAUUAAUUGAGGUCAAACCAUUUUAAAAUAAAUAUGGUCAUAUGUGGUCAAAUCUUUACUAGAAUAAAUGUGGGCAACUGUGGUCAAAUAUUUUUUAGAAUAAAUAUGGACAAUUGUGGUCAAACCAUUGUAGAAUAAAUGUUGGCAGUCUUAAUUAGAAUUAAUGUGGGCGCUUGUGGUCAAAUGUUUAGUAGAACAAUGUGGGCCAUUGUGGUCAAAUGUUGAGUAGAACAAUGUGGGUGAUUGUGGCAAAAACGUUUAGUAGAACAAUGUGGGCAUAUUUGGUCAAAGUGUAAGUAGAAUAAAAGCGUGCGACUGUGGUCUAAUUGUAUAUAGAACAAAUGUGGGCUACUGUGGUAAGUGGAGUAAAUGUGGGCAUAUUUGGUCAAAACAUUAAACUAUAAUUCCGAGAAGAUAUUCCUUUCAUUCUAUUGGUACUCUGCUAAAACCCAACCAGCAUGCACCCAUGCAUGCAUUGCAAAGAUUUGUUUCAGAAUAUCUGUGUCAAUAAAAUGCGCAGUUAUCAUUCCAUUCUUAAUAUUCAUCAAAUUUUAAUUAAAUUACUGUUUAACAAUAUAAUGCAUAGAACUGUUUCCUGUAUUAAAUUAUAAAUAUCCUGACAAUGUGUGAUGUGUCAUUGACAUUCCAUGAAUGGAAGUAAAUCAAUUACACAAAUAAAGAUUAAGUAUUGUUAACAAUUGGUUGGAAUGUCUUUCAACUGUUUGUUGCAGACUGCACAGGCUUAACCUUAGACAACACUUUAUGCAUAUGCAUUAUGCCCAGGUUUCCCAAAACAAGGCUAAAUUGUUUCAGCAUAUAUGGCACUUGACUGAUUUGUCUUGCAUAACAAAUAGCCACUGAUACUUUUGAGUAUACAAAACACACACUAUCUAUGAAGUUGUUAAAAAAAUACAAGACAUUAUGAUGUGCAAUAUAAUUGUGUUAAUAUCAAUAUUUUAACAUUUCAUUGUUGAUUGCAAAAACAUGUUUGUUGCAGAUUUUCUUUUAAUUGAAAAUCAAUGUUUAUAGCUUUGUAUUGAUUCUACUAUGCUACAAGUAUAUAAUGAUGUUGUGAAUUUUUAUGUCCCCCACCAUUAUAGUGGUCUGUUGGUUGGUUGGUCUGUUGGUUUGCGCCAACUUUAACAUUUGCAAUAACUUUUGCAAUAUUGAAGAAAGCAACUUGAUAUUUGGCAUGCAUGUGUAUCUCAUGGAGCUGCACAUUUUGAGUGGUGAAAGGUCAAGGUCAAGGUCAUCCUUCAAGGUCAAAUGUCAAAAAAACUUAAUCAAAGCAGCGCACAAGGGGACAUAGUGUUUCUGACAAACACAUUUCUUGUUUUUUAUUUGUGUGUGCUUGUUAACUUAUUUGUAUGGGAUCAAACUAAAACAAUUUUCAAGAAGUGGAUGAAUUUAGUUUCAGUUGUUAAUUGGUGCACAUAUAAACUAACCCUAAUGUGUACUUGAUUGUGGAGCCUGUUUUCAGUCAUCUUAAUAAAGCUAACAUAAUUGUCUUAUGAAAAAGACGUGAUUCCAAUUAACUGAAACUCUUUAUAUGUUGCUUAAUUAUCUUAAUGUUUUAUCUUGGAAAGACCAUUUAUGAGGUAGAAACCAGAUCUUUUAUAUUAUUUUUAGUAAACUCACCAUGUCAAUUUCACACAAUGGGGUCAAUGCUGAAAUAUGGGCAUUUUACAGCUUGCAAAGACUGUUAUUUUUCAUUAGAUAAUGAUGUUAUUACAUGUUUGCCCUGAGAUGAUAUAUAGAGAAUAUAUCCCAAGCUCCAAGUCUAACUUAUUUUUUUUAUAAAGAUUUACAAUAUCAAUGUCAUUCUUGACAGCAGACAGCACAUGUUGUAAUCAGGCAUCUUGUAUUAUUUUUCAAUAUGAUUGCAUUAACAGUGAAUUGUCCUUUAUAUUUGUUUAAUGUAUAUUUAUGUAUGUAUGUCUGCAACGACUUUUUUUCACAGAACAUGUUUUUUAUUGUAUGAUACCAUACGAGUAUAUUUAAAAUUUAGCCAGGUCAUGCAAAAAUGGCUCUUACGAUGCAAUAUGACCAGCCUUGCACCCGAUCAGCCUCCAUGGAUCAGACCAGCCUGCGCAUCCUCACAGUCUAGUCAGGAGCUUCAAGAUCCAGAAUCCUUGCUUGACUAAAGCAGACAUGGUAGCUCCUGACUGGACUUCACAACUGCGCAGGCGGCCACAUACGGCAUAAGACCUAUUUUGGCAUGACAAGGCUUAUUUUAAGACUAUCAGCAUUUUAAGAAUAUCAAAGCUUUCCAAAGGACUGUAGUUCUGUAUUGUGUUAAAGUGUUUUGGUAAAUCAGAAUGCAAAUGUUUAUAAUUGAGUCAAAACUAACUCAUAUUUUGUUGAUGUAAUUUAAUGUCAAACUAGUUGUUUUAUUUUUUAACCUUAAUGGGAAAAAUGACAAGCUUUCCCUGUAAACAUGUGUUACAUUGGUUUACACAAUUUAGGGUGUUUAAACAAAGGAUGCAAGUAAGUUGUUUUUCUUUUUUUAGAAAUAAAUUGAAACAAUUGUUUGUUUAAUUAAACAUCAUAUGCAUGUAAAUUGCAUUUCAAUGUUUUAUUUGUCCAGUCUUUUAGCAACAGGUGCAUGUAAAUUGCUUUUAGUAAUUCACAUUCUUGAAAAUAUUUCUUAUUGUUUUGUUAAUGUAUUUAAUUGAACAUAUUGCUAUAAAAUAAACUUCUUGACAUGUUA